AAAAGACAGAGGGAGGCAACAAGGGGGAUCACAAGACGCGCUACCAACUGGCCUGACAAAAUGUUUUCGACGAGCCUUUCAAAUCACUCGAACACGGCUCGACAGGGAGCACAUCGGCUGUGACAGCACAGUGCAUACUGAGCCACGUGAGCCACUUUUGCAGAGGAAUAUUAGCUUACUGGAUAAUAGCAGUUCCCUUCAAUGCAGCGGCACGGUCGUCUCAGUUGCCGUCAUACAAGGAUGACCAACGGAUUACGUGUGCCAGCCAAAUAAAAUAGGUCCCGCGAGUAUACGUCGUAAAAAAAAGAACAAUUGAGAACUUCAGUGUCGUGUCUCCGACCGUAAACAAUGCCUGCACCUGUGAGCAACACCAACGGAAUCUACAAUGACGAAUCUAAGUACUUCGUGUUCAGAAAUCUCCACUACGUGCCUAUAGUCGGCUUCGUGAGCUCUCUUCUCGCCAUGCUCGUCCCUUACGCCAUCAGUGUUUACCUCGGAGACACGCCUGCGAUUCUACCGUUUAUAAGUGAUGCCGGGGGAGACCCACCGCAGAGUAUAGUGUUUGGCUUGUUCCUAGGAGCGACUUCAUGCACAGGCUUGAUAGGGAUGUACAUGAAGUACCUGAUGGUUCGGCAGCAGAACCGACACGCCCGUGACGCAAUGGUGGACAGAGUGAAUCGUCUGAGCUGCGUAGCCGGCGUGAUCGUCUGCAUCGGAGGAUUCAUCGUAGCAUUAUCGCCUACGGGCCACCUGCGCAAGGACUGCACCUGGUACUGGCCCAUGUUCGUACCACACGUGAUCGGUGCCAUCAUGAUAUUCGGCGUCGGGUACACAACCACGGUGCUGCACAUCUACCUCCAGUACCUGACUGAUGCACGCUGGAAGACAUCGCCAGUGUUCUACAGCAGGGUCCUGCUAUCCCUAGUCGGCAUCAUCGCCAUGCUUAUCAGCCUCAACUGGCUUCUCUUUGACAUGAGCCUAAUGACACCGCCAAGUGGCCGAGGAAAAGUGUACCCGCAAGGAAUGCUGUGGGCUGUUUCAGCCGAGUGGGCCAUGGCGUUCAUCUUCCAGUCCUACGUACUGACAUACAUCCCAGACUUCCGCAAGGCGACAUUCGUGCUCGACAUAAGCAUCAGUGAAGUGCGCGCGAAAAAGGAAUAGGAGUCUACGGACGCCAUGUGCAUGCUCCUCCGGACUUGCCUUGCAAGCGGUUAUGAGGGGCUACAGGGUGGCUCGUCGACGCCUGUCCUGACCAUCGGCCGUAUGAGUGUGGAGAAUCUAUUCGACCUCGUGAAUUUAUUCUAUAUUAUUUGUUUUAGAAACGGACAACUGCUAGUGGCAUCGCAAUAUUUUAAACAGUCCCUGCGUGCUUGUUUACGAAAAUAAAUACUCGGCAUAGUGAA